CAGUGACGAAACCCUGCAGAUCCCCCAGUUCAGGAGGAGGGACUCUGCACUGGGUGAGUCAGAGAACUGGGAGAAAACCAGUCGUUUAUAAAGCCUGAGAACUCAAACCCCAGCAGAUCACUUUAACUUUAACCAGGAGAAAACAGAACCAGCAUUAACCUGAGAAUCAGAAACAUCACGAGAAACAUCAUGAGGAACAUCAUGGCAACAUUGUGUAUUUCUGUGAUGGUCUUUUUUGGUGCAUCAUCAGCAUCUUUAGGUAGAGGUCAUCUUCCCAGAGCGAAGAAUGUCACCUGGUUAUCUCACAACUUCAAAACCAUCCUCACCUGGAGCCCCAAACCUUCCAACCACACCUACACUGUAGAAUUCUCCAGGGUGGGUCAGGAUAAACAGAGGAACCCGCACUGUAUCAGAAGCAGAGAGACGGAGUGCGACCUGACCAACAACCUGAAGGACCUGAAGAGCUUCUACACUGCGGACGUUCUCUCAGAACCGGCGCCGGGAUUCAGCACCGACCUGAUGGAGCUCCCGUCCACUCCGUCCAAGAAGUUCUGUCCAUAUAACGACACUCUAAUAGGAAGACCUGAGUUCAGUGUGAAGCUGAACGAGAAUCAGACGAUUGUGAUCUUUAUUCAGGAUCAGCUCACCGCUUUACAUCACCACGGAAACCCUCUCACCAUCCGCGACGUUUUCAAAUCAGACCUGAAGUACGAGAUCACUUACACCAAGGCCGGCAGCACCGGACCGAGGAAGGUGGUGGUGGACGGUAACGAGGUGGAGAUGACGGAACUGGACGCAGGUCAGAGUUACUGUUUUACCGUAGCGGCGCACAUCCCGUCCCGCAAACGAGGGAAGAAAACCGGGAAGCUGAGUUUCCCGCAGUGUUCACCAGCAGGGGGCAGGAGCAUCAUCGACGAGUACGGUCUGUGGGCGGUCGGGGGCGGAGUCUUUCUGAUGGUCAUGGUUCUGGUUGCCGUGGUGAUGCUGACCGUCGCCUGCUGCCGACGAAUCAACACCGGAAAACCAGCCGAGGACAGCGAGGCCAUCACAACCGCCUAACACACACACACACACACACUACACACACACACACACACUAUACACACACACACAC